AUGGGAGGUAACGAGCUAGGAAGCAUGGCCUCAGAUGGCGCAGCCUCAAUAAGGAAAAUACUAAGAGAAAACAAAGCAGAAGAGUGGACAGAGGUGCUGGAGGGGCACGGAGUGCACUCGGCGAGCGAUCUUCGGAAGGUAAAGUACGCAGAUCUUGUGCAGUUUGGGAUCACAGAGUUUGAGCCAAGGAAAAGAAUAUUCGAGCUAAUAAAGCAGCUCAAUACGGAGCAUCCAUACGAUGGAGAGCGCAGAGCCUCCCUCCACCAGAGAAUGCAGACUCUAGCGAGGUCUAGCGCUGAGUUCAGCAGCAAAACGCCUGAAGAGAUAAAGCACAGCAUGCAGAAAGACCCCAUGCACACCCAGGAGCUCUAUAGCCAUGCAAUACGAAGCUCGUAUCAAAGUGCAAACAGCAUGCACAGAUCACCGCGGCGGUCCAUGGAGGCUGCAGAUCUACAGGGCACUGAUGUGUACGGUGAUCGAAUGCAGAGUAAUAGCGAUGUGUACACAGGAUAUUCUGAUCACAGGCUAUCAGCAGAGUACAGCACAGGCAGAAGGAUAUCUGUCAUAAAAGAUGGGUACAGCCCAGGGAGUAUAUGGAAGAGAAAGAAGGAGAUGGUUGAUGAGAUAAUGAAAGAGGCAGAGGAGAGCAUCAUUCUAGGAGAAAGCAGCUACCCAAAUAAUGACGAGCAGGAAAUAGACGAGAAAUCCUAUCUCUCCAUUGCAGAGCCAGACAUAUCCGCUGAGUACCCGUCAAUUGCAUCUGUGGAGGACCGCACAGGAUCCACGAGCUGGGCAGAGGGAGCAAAAGAAGACUCGCAUGCGAACAGCAGCAGUUUGCUCGAUAAAAACAGGAUCAUUGUGGUAGUAAGAAAAAGACCGAUCAAAAAAGACGGAAAAAGAGACACCGUGGAAGUGUCAGGAACAGAGGUUGUCCUCACAGAGAGCAAGCAGAAAAUAGAUCUUACACCGUACAUGGAGCCACACGCGUACAGCUUUGACAGAGCGUACGGAGAGUACGCAAGCACCACCGAUAUUUACAGAGAGUGUGUGCAGGGCAUGGUGGAGUAUGCUCUGAAUGGAGGAAGCUCUACGUGCAUCGCAUACGGCCAGACAGGAAGCGGGAAAACAUACACAAUGCUGAAUGAGCACACGGGAAUGAUAUUCCAGGCGCUGAAUGAUCUUCUCACGCAGAGAAUACAGCUCUCUUUCUACGAGAUAUACUCCAACUGCAUCUUUGAUCUCCUGGAUGAAAGAAAGAAAAUAUUUGCCAGAGAGAAAGACGGCGUGGUUUCGAUCAUGGGAGUCAAAGAGUGCACAGUGGAAAAGAUGGAAGAUGCAACUAGCCUGAUAAGGAAAGGGCUGCAGUGCAGGAUGACAGGGAAGACAGGUGCAAACAGCAACUCGUCUCGCUCGCAUGCUUUGGUGCGGGUGCGCACUGCCACGGGGAUAUUCACAUUCGUAGACCUGGCAGGGAGCGAGCGAGGAACUGAGAGAGGCUCUGAGUCGCAGCACUCUCUUAUUAAGCGGGAGGGAGCUGAGAUAAACAAGAGUCUGCUGGCUCUGAAGGAGUGCAUCCGCGCGAUGGACAAAUCAGCAACGCAUCUUCCGUUCAGACACAGCAAGCUCACGCAGGUUUUGAAGGAGUCGCUCGUUGGAGAGUCCAAGUGCUGUAUCAUAGCCACAAUCUCCCCAGAAGAAGCAUCCACAGAGCACUCGCUGAACACGCUGCGAUACGCGCACAGGAUAAGAGGACUGGGGCUCAAAGGAGAAAGCACAGGACAAAAAACAGCAUACCAAGGGAAAUCAGCACCACAAGUAAAUCCGCCAUGUGCAGCAAAUAGCAAAGUCGCAGAGACAGCACAGCCAGCUACGCCAAUAAGGGAAAGAGUUGUGCAGCCUAGGCCGUCUCCCAGCAGACAGAAGAUGCUGAUACAGCAGGCUCUUGCCUCUGUAGCAAGCAGAAUUGCGAGGGAAAGAGACCCAGAGACACUCGACAUACUGAAGGAGGCUCUCCUUGACAUAGCUAAGUAUCAGAAGUCAUCAUAA